AUGGCGAGCUCGGCCGCUCGGACGCCUCGGGCGCGGUCGGUCGCCUCGGCGUCGAUUGCCCUGGCGCUGGCGGUGGCGCUGCUCUCGGGCCGAGGAGCGGCGCCGCCGGCGAGCGCGCCCGCGGUGUGGGCGGAGGCGCUGCAGGCGGAGAGGGCGCGGUCCCAGCUGCUGCUGAGCAAGUUCCAGGACCUGGAGCUCCGCGGCCCGGCGCCGGAGGCCGAGGCGCUGCGGGGGACGCUGGAGGAGGCCUCGGCGGCAGAUGAGGCUUCCGCCGAGGCGUCAGCUGAGGAGUUCUUUCAGCGCCUGCGUGUGUCCAACGACGAGCUUGAAGAGGCUCUCCAGGCGAUCCAGAGCGGCCGCAAGUCGAGCCUGCCAUCUAUCCCCAUUGCCACGGUGGGUGACCCGGUCAACAUCGACAUCCUGCCACCGGUUCGCGACACGGACGGCCCGGCUCUCAUACCCGGAGCACCGCACGUGCGGGUGUCCCUCCCGCUGUCGGACAAUUCGGAGGUGAUGUGGGGCUGCGACCUCACGCCGCUCUACGACCCCAGCGGCGGCCGCCUGCUGUGCUUCACCGCCUUUCUGCCGCUGGGCCUGCGCCUGGGGCCGCUCCAGCGGCCCAAGGAUGUGCCACCCAGCGAGCACGACCUCAUAGGUGUGGAAGCCGUGGAUGCCAAGGGCGAGGCGGACACGCUGGGGAUUUUGCCCGGGGACGUGCUGAGGGCGGUGUCCUAUGUGGGCCUGGGCCCCGAGCCCGGGUGGCUGGACUCCAUGCUGGGGGCGGAGGCCAUGCCCAUGAAGAAGGUCAUGAAGUGCGAUGGCCGCUCUCUGGAGGAGGUGACAGAGGCGCUGCUCUCGAACCGCGAUAGCCCCGAUGGGCGCUUGGUGCUGCUCUUGGAGCGGCCAUCGUGA